AUGGAAGAGAGAAGUGAAAAGCUAAUUAAAGGAGUCUCUAAAGAAGAAAAGAAAGGACAGAAAAAAGAAAGAGAGAAGAAAGAAAGUAAAAUUGAAGAAGGAUUAAGUCAUAGACCUAUGACAAGAUCAAUGAGUGGAUAUGAAGUUGAAGAGAAGCCAGUAAUUAAGAAUGAACCAUUAAAUAGUUUUGAAAAAGAGUUAUGUAUGAAUGUUAUGAAACAAUUAAUGAAAGUAAGUGAAAGUGAAGUUUUUAUGGAACCAGUAGAUCCAGAGAUAUGGAAUAUACCUAAUUAUUUUGAAAUUAUUAAAACACCAAUGGAUUUAGGAACAGUAAUAAAAAAAAUUAAAAAGAAUAUGUAUUAUUCUAUUGAUCAAUUUAGUAAUGACGUUAGACUAACUUUUACUAAUGCAAUGACUUUUAAUCCUCCUGGAAAUUAUGUUCAUUCAUAUGCUGAAAAGUUAUAUAAAAUCUUUGAAAAUUAUUAUAGACAUUGUAUUCGUAAACUUAACUAUCAUUUAAAAGAAGAAAAUAAUCUUCUUCAAUCUAAGAAAAAAUAUUCACAAAAACCUUUAAAUCGUUCAGAAAUGCAUUACCUCACUCAAAAAAUGAAAAAUAUUCCUUUAGAAUGUCUUAAUGAUGUUUGUGAGGUAUUAGAAAUACAAAAACCAAUUCAACCAAUUUCUGAGUUAAAUAUAAAAUUAAAAGAUUUUCCUAAUUCUUCUCUUCAUCACAUUUAUUCAAUUUUUAAAUUAAAUGAUAGAGAGAAUCAAUCAGCUUCUACUUCAAAUGAUUGA